GAAGUCAAUGCAUGUUUUGUUACUGUCUGACAAAUCGGAUCUAGAUCGCAGUCACUAAAAGCAUAAAACAGCAGCAUUUCCUCGUUCUUUCACGAUCAAUCAUCGACAUAUUGAACAGUAGUCAAUUUCAGAAACAAUCUUUUCUUGCUCACUUUAUUUAAGUCUAUAAAUUCCUUAUUAUUAAACAUGCCUAAAGGAUCUUGUUUGUGCGGCGAAAUUCAAUAUGAAUUCACAGGCGAACCAAAGAUGACUGCUCUCUGCCAUUGUCAUGCAUGUCAAAAAUGGUGCGGCGCUACCUCGUCCUCCAACGUGCUUUUAUCUCGAACUCAGUUCAAGCUCUUGCAAGGAACGCCAAAGACAUAUGAGAUUCCCGGAGAUUCGGGAAAAAUGAACAAGCGUUCCUUCUGCGGGACCUGCGGAACCAGUCUUUUUGGUGAACUCGAGCUCAUGCCUGACUUUUUUGGUAUUAAAGCUGGGAGCCUCGAUGAUGGCGCUGCUGAUUAUGGUAAAGUUGCGACUGAGUUCUAUACGGAUUACCGACUCAGUUUCUGUAAAGCUAUUGAGGGCGCGAACCAGGAACCCAGGUUUGGAAAUUAAGUAGACGGUAUUAUAUUUUGGAAAGGAUGAGAAAGAUUCGUGGUUCAAUCUUUAAGGUUACCAUGUUCAUGGAAGGUCUUUGUAUGGGAUUGUCGGCUGGUGCAAGUAUUAUGUAGAUAUCGAAUAAAACUGACAGCAAUUCUUCCGGCUUUGGCAGCCCCGUAAGAUUAGACUCAAAUUGUUUCCUUUACCAGCUCGCUGUAUGUGUAAGGUGUACAGGAUUGUAUUUCUUCUUUCAUCAUUCCAAAUAUUCUAUGUUUCGCGAAGGAUUGUGGUACCUUGCCGUGAUGAAAUCUUGCAGAGCAAGUGUCAGAUAUGUACUCAUAGUAUGCGAGUCAAAG